AUGAGUGAAUCAAUAAACGUAAUAGAUCCAUUAACAAAACCAAUUGAAAAGAAUAACACGAAUAAAGAAAAAGAAGAAGGAAAAAUAAAAGAAAGAAUAAGUAAAAGAGAAAGAAUAGUAGAUGAGAUAUAUACAACAGAAGAAAGUUAUGUUAAUACAUUAGAACAAUGUAUUGAAUAUUAUUAUAAACCAUUUCUUCAAUGUAAUGAAUUAAAUGAAACAAGAAAAAAUGAAAUAUUUUUAUAUUUACCAGAAGUACUUUCAACAGCAACAGCAUUUUUAAAAGAUAUGGAAAGUUAUAGAAAUAAUAAAACAUUAGAAAAUAAAGUAGUUGAUUGCUUUAAAAGGUUUAUACCAUAUUUAAAAGUAUAUAAAAUGUUUAUUGGAAAUAAUGAAAUUUGUUUACAUGCAUUAGCUGCAAUAGAAAAAAGUCCAAUUGUUGUUUCAUUUCUUGAACAAUGUCGUAUUAAAAUUCCUAGUAAAAGCCAACAACCAUUACGUUCUAUUCUUAUUAUGCCAGUUCAACGUAUUCCUCGAUAUGUUUUAUUAUUAAAAGAUCUUUUAAAGAAUACUGAUGUUAAUCAUUCUCAAUAUCCUAUUAUUCAAGGUGUUUUAAAAGAAGUAGAAGAAUUAGCUCAAGUUUGUAAUGCUGCUUUAUUAAAUACUGAAAGAAUGUUAAAAAUGUUUAAAAUAAGAGAUUCUAUUCGUGGAUAUUCUGGAGAAUUAGUUAAUUCUUCUCGGUAUUUUGUUAAAGAAGGUUUUCUUACUAAACAAUGUAGAAAAACUCCUAAACCAAGAUAUUUCAUUUUAUUUAAUGAUCAAUUAAUUUAUGGAACUGAAACUAUGGGUAUUGUUACUGUUUCUGAUGAUAGAAUCAUUGACUUAUUAGAUUGUAUUAUUACUGAUAUUCAAGACUCUUCUACUCGGAAGUUUGCUUUUCAAAUUCAAUCAGGUAAUCGUAGUUUUGUUGUUUUUGCUAAAAAUCAAGAAGAUAAAAAAGAAUGGUUGGAUGCUUUAAAUAAGUCUAUUGAAAAACAAAAUGGUACUAUCACUGCUAAAAAUACAAGAAGUACUGUUGUUCGUCCUGUAUUUAAACCUGACAGUGAAGCAUCAAACUGUGAAUUGUGUCAUAUAGAUUUUACUUUUGUAAGAAGAAGACAUCAUUGUAGAGCAUGUGGAAGAUGUAUUUGUGGAGAAUGUAGUAAAUGGAAAAUGCCAAUUCCACCAAAUAAUACAUUAGAAAGGGUAUGUGCAAAAUGUUUUGAUUUAUAUAAUAAAAAUCGAUUAAAACAAAAAGAUAUAUCAACAAGAGAAAAAAGAUUAGAUACUGAAAUGUCAAAACGUUCUAUCUUUGAACAACAAAAGAUUUUAUCUGGAGGUGAUAUUAAUGACUCUGAACAAAAUGACGAUUGGCAAGAAUUUGAAGAUAUUGAGUUUGAUAAACAACCUUCUCCUCGAUCUCUUUCUUCUACUUCUGUUCCUCCUACUCAACCUAAACAUUCUCCUUCUCCAGUUGUUGGUAAUACUCCUCAAAAAAUUCAAUUACAACAUAGUAGCUCAAUGCAAACACUUCCUUCUUCACAUCUUCCUGAACCAAAAAGAAAACCUCCUCUCCCUCCAAAUAAACCAAUUCCAACUCCACAACCUAAACAACAACUUUCACAUUCAGCAGUUGGUUUAUCUUCUUCUAAUCUUUCAGUUACACAACCUCCAAAAAAAAUACCUCCACAAGUUCCAAAUAAAUCAAGAACAAGUGAAUCUACCUUAACUCAAUCUACACCUUUACAUCAAAAAAGUACUUCACGUUUAUCUCAAACUAAUAGAUUAUCUUAUAAAUCACGUCCUUUACCUCAACCACCAGUAAAAUCUGAAACUUCAAAACCUGAAAUUAUUUAG